UAUCAACAAGGUAUGUGAAACACUCUGUUUAGAUUUCAUUGAAUGACUGAUUUUGUUUUCAAAAUAAUAUUGUCUCUGUUCUGAAACUGCGUAUAUGAUUGAAUCACAUUGUUGAUAUUAGAUAUAAAUAUGCAUUAAAACGUUGAAACAUAUAUUAGCCAUAUAUUUGUUGAUAUAGAUUGGACGUUGAGAAAAUUAUAUACGGUUUGUAUGUCUUUGCUUAAUAUGAUACAAUUUUAAAACGUUGAAACAUAUGAUGGUAUCGUUGAUGUAUGUCUAUGCUUAAUAUGAUGGUAGUGUUAGUGAUAACUCUUUACUCGUAUAUAUGACUGUGAAGGAUAUGAUAUGAAUGGUUUCUUUGUGAUAACUCUUGACUGAUAGAUAUAUUGUUGAUGUAGCCGAGUAUAGAUAUGACUGUGAAGGAGAAUAAUGGUUUGUUUGUGAUAACUCUUUACUCGUUAUAGUUACAUUGGUUAGGUUUAGUCUAGAUGCUUCUUAUAGUUACAUUCGUUAGGGUUAUAUUUCAAUCGUAAUUGCUUAUAUCUACUCGUUAUAGUUACAUUGUAAUUGGUUAGGCUUUUUAGGUGUGUAAUAAUAACUUCAGAUUAGACAUUUCUUGUUGAUGGUUAGUCAUUAUGUGGGUUAGUUAUUACUCUCCACUUGCUUAUAUCUACUCGUUAUAGUUAUUACUCUUCAAUUGCUUAUAAUUAAACCCCAUCUCAUCCCCCAUAAAUAUACACACCUACUACUCUCUUCUAUCAUCUCACUCUCUUCCUUCUUCCAUACUCAUAUGGAUCCAAAGUAUCCUCAAUCUCAGUCCUCUAGUUACGUAGGACUGCUUCACAGUCAACAAGGUAGUGUGUUCCAUAAAAACUUUCCUUUCGAAAGUUUUCAUUCGAGUGUUAACUUUGGAGAAUCAGAUAUCCCGGCGUUUAGCUCACAACAAUCUCAAGAGACACCAGUGGACCGUGUUGUUCGUCGCAAAUGGACACCAGCUGAUGACGAUGUCCUUAUAAGUGUGUGGCUUAACACUUCCAAGGAUCCGAUAAUUGGAAACGACCAGAAGUCGGGGACGUUUUGGCAGAGGGUUGUGGACUAUUACGCAGCAAGUCCUCAUGGAGUAGAGGAAGGUGAAAAGAGAGAGCCUCAACAAUGCAGGAAGAGAUGGGGCAGAAUCAAUGAGCACGUCAACAAAUUCUGUGGGGCGUAUUCUGCAGCAGAGAGACAACACUCAAGUGAUGAGAAUGACUGUGAUGUUCUCAAGAAGGCUCAUGACAUCUUCUACUCUGAUCAUGACCACAAGUUUACACUUGAGCAUGCGUGGUGUGUGCUUAGGCAUGAACAGAAGUGGCGUUGCCUUAACCCUCCUAGAGCUACUGGCGGUUCAAAGAGGAAAAAUGUUGCAGAAACUUCAAGCACCAAUGCUCCAGACACCAAUGCUCCAGAAACCAAUGUUGCAGAAGCUGAGACCCGGCCUGAAGGUAUCAAGGCUGCUAAGGCAAGAAGGAAUGGUGGGAAAGGGAAGUCCGUGGCUGAGUAUGCGAGUAUUUGGGCAAUGAGAAAGGAUGAUUUGGAGAAGAAGGAGACACUGUCCAAGCUGGCUAUACUGGACACUCUCUGUGCCAAGAAAGAACCAUUAACUGAGGCGGAGGAAGUGGUGAAGAAUAAGCUUCUUGCCAAGUAUUUCUGAAAACAAGAGUUCGAGAUCUAAUGUGUUGCUUUAACUAUGCUGUCCUUUGUAUUAUCUUAUCAAUGCUCUGCUUUGUAGUAUCUUAAGUAUGCUUUGUAUGCUUUUUAUUUUCUGUUAUGUAUGUGUACUCGUUAUCUUUCAAUCAAUAAAAAUAUGUUAUCUUUCAAGUUUAAAAUUAUGUGUUAUUAAUGUCUGUUCUUAUGCCAUAAUUAUCUGAAAAUUAUGUGAUAUU